AUGUCAAGAAUGCUAUCAAUAAUAUCCAAGAAAAUAAUCAAACCAUUCACUCCCAACCCAUCUACUCAUAGAUGGCACAAACUUUCCAUUUUAGAUCAAUGCCUCACUCACUUCUAUAUGCCUUUUGUUUUUUUCUACCCCAAAAAUCAAGUAUAUGACAUCCCUAAUGGGCCUAAGCAACUAUCAAAUCUUCUAUCAAACUCUUUGUCAAAAACAUUAAGUUAUUACUAUCCAUGGGCUGGAAGUCUAAAAGACAAUGCCACUAUUGAGUGUGAUGACCAUGGUGCUGAGUUCUUGGAAGUCCAAAUCAAUUCUCCAAUGGACAAAGUUGUUGAUUCAAAUGUCAAAGAUUUGACAUUUCCUCAAGGUGUACCUUGGGCAAAUGGCGUGGAUCGUGCCUUAAUUGUAGCUCAAUUAAGUCAUUUUUAUUGUGGAGGAAUAGCACUCAGUGUCUGUCUGUCCCACAAAAUAGGAGAUGGAAGCAGCGCCAAUUGCUUCUUGAGGGAUUGGGCUGCAUUAACUCGAAGUUCAAAUACAAAUCCAUCUCCUUAUUUCAUCGAAGACUCUAUUAUACCAUCGCCAAUUGGUCCAUUGGUUUCCCCUGUUGUUGGAUCAGACAUUGACAAAUGUGUCCAAAAGAGGUUUAUUUUCUCUAGCACAAAGCUAAGUGCAUUAAAAUCGUCAAUUGGGGUGCAAAAUGUAACGAGCAAUGAGGCUGUAAAUACACUUGUCUACAAAUCUUCUGCCACCAUUGUUAAUUCAGGUUCAUUCAAGCUAUCUCAGUUGGUUCAGUUCUUUGAUUUACGAGAAAUAAUAUCACCUCCACUACCCCCUAACUCUAUAGAUUUUGGAUUUGGGAAGCCUAUUAGAGCAAGCUUUGCAAAGGGUCCACGGAACAAGUUUAUUAUCUUGAUGAGGACAUAUGACGGAGGAAUUGAAGCAUUUGUUAAUUUGAAUGAACAAGAAAUGUUUGUAUUCGAGCAUGACAAGCAAUUUCUUGAAUUCGCUAGGCCUAUUAAUGGGGACCUUUGUAGUGAAGAAGAACAGCACUAUACAUAA